AUGCAGGUUGCUGAAAGGGGCAUCUUUGAAACGCUCGAGAAUGAGCCCAUUAGUGUGGAAGAAUUGGCCUUUAAAUUUGCUGUGACCAACAUAAACAGGAACCGGACCUUAAUGCCAAACACCACGUUGACCUACGACAUCCAGAGAAUAAACCUAUUUGACAGUUUUGAGGCCUCCAGAAGAGCCUGCGAUCAGCUGGCUCUGGGUGUGGGAGCUGUGUUCGGGCCCUCUCACAGCUCCUCCGUCAGUGCGGUGCAGUCUAUUUGUAACGCCCUGGAAGUCCCUCACAUCCAGACCCGCUGGAAACACCCCUCGGUGGACAACAAAGACAGCUUCUACAUCAACCUCUACCCUGAAUACACGUCCAUCAGCCGAGCCGUGCUGGACAUCGUGCAGUACUACAAGUGGAAGACGGUCACUGUCGUCUACGAGGACGCAACUGGACUUAUCCGUUUGCAAGAAUUGAUCAAAGCUCCAUCCAGAUACAGCAUCAAAAUCAAGAUUCGACAGCUGCCAACAGGGAGUAAAGAUGCCCGUCCUCUGUUGAAAGAGAUGAAGAAGGGGAAGGAGUUCUAUGUCAUCUUUGACUGCUCUUACCAAACGUCAGCUGAUGUUCUCAAGCAGAUCCUGUCCAUGGGGAUGAUGACUGAGUAUUACCACUUCUUCUUCACCACAUUGGACCUGUUUGCCCUCGACCUGGAGCCGUACCGCUAUAGCGGGGUCAACAUGACGGGCUUCAGACUGCUCAACAUAGACAGCCCUCAGGUGGCCUCAGUGGUGGAGAGGUGGGCCAUGGAGCGACUGCAAGCUCCCUCCAAACCUGAGAGUGGAAUGAUGGAGGGGAUGAUGACUACUGAGGCAGCUCUGAUGUACGACGCCGUCUACAUGGUGGCCGCUGCCUCACAACGCGCCUCCCAAAUCACCGUCAGCUCUCUGCAGUGCCACCGACACAAACCCUGGCGCUUUGGCUCACGCUUCAUGAGCAUGCUCAAAGACGCACAAUGGAACGGCUUGACGGGACAAAUAGUAAUAAACAAGACAGAUGGCCUGCGGAAAGAAUUUGACUUAGAUGUCAUCAGCCUGAAGGAAGAUGGCUUGGAGAAGAUUGGCGUGUGGAACUCCCAAACAGGCCUUAAUUUAACAGAAACCAAUAAGGACUCAUCCACUAAUGUGACCGACUCCAUGGCCAACAGGACCCUCAUUGUCACAACGAUUCUGGAAAACCCUUAUGUCAUGUAUAAAAAGUCUGACAAGCCUCUGUAUGGAAAUGACCGUUUUGAGGGUUACUGCCUCGAUCUGCUCAAAGAGCUGUCCAACAUUUUGGGCUUCUCCUACGAGGUGAAGCUGGUGUCAGACGGAAAGUAUGGAGCUCAGAAUGACAAAGGAGAGUGGAACGGCAUGGUGCGAGAACUCAUUGACCAUGUGGCUGACCUUGCCGUGGCCCCACUCACUAUCACAUAUGUGAGGGAAAAGGUGAUCGACUUCUCCAAGCCCUUCAUGACUCUUGGGAUCAGCAUCCUGUACCACAAACCCAACGGCACCAAUCCAGGAGUGUUCUCAUUCCUCAACCCCCUGUCUCCUGAUAUUUGGAUGUAUGUGCUGCUGGCAUGCCUGGGUGUCAGCUGUGUGCUGUUUGUUAUUGCCAGGUUCACUCCCUACGAGUGGUACAACCCUCACCCCUGCAACCCUGACUCAGAUGUGGUUGAAAACAACUUCACUCUGAUAAACAGUGUCUGGUUUGGAGUUGGAGCUCUUAUGCAGCAAGGAUCUGAACUGAUGCCCAAGGCCCUGUCCACGAGGAUAGUUGGUGGGAUAUGGUGGUUCUUUACAUUGAUUAUAAUCUCCUCGUACACUGCCAACUUGGCUGCCUUCCUCACUGUGGAGAGGAUGGACUCGCCCAUCGACUCUGCCGAUGACUUGGCCAAGCAAACCAAAAUAGAGUACGGUGCUGUAAGAGACGGCUCCACCAUGACUUUCUUUAAGAAAUCUAAGAUUUCAACUUAUGAAAAGAUGUGGGCAUUCAUGAGCAGCAGGAAAAAUACAGCUUUGGUGAAAAAUAACCGCGAGGGGAUUCAGAGGGUUCUGACUACAGACUACGCUCUUCUGAUGGAGUCAACCAGCAUUGAGUACAUCAGCCAGCGUAACUGCAACCUCACACAAAUUGGAGGCUUGAUAGAUUCAAAGGGUUAUGGAGUAGGAACACCAAUCGGCUCACCCUACAGAGACAAGGUCACCAUUGCCAUCUUGCAGCUUCAGGAGGAAGGGAAGCUGCACAUGAUGAAGGAGAAAUGGUGGAGAGGGAAUGGCUGCCCGGAGGAGGACAGCAAAGAGGCCAGUGCUUUGGGUGUGGAGAACAUCGGAGGAAUCUUUAUUGUGCUGGCAGCCGGACUGGUCCUCUCAGUUUUUGUAGCAAUUGGAGAGUUUAUUUACAAAUCCAGGAAAAACUUGGACAUUGAGGAGGUGAGUGUGGGUCAGUGUGAAUGGCACAACAAGUAUUAACACACUGUGGAACUCAACAGAAGACUGUUACGGAACCUACCACACAUUUGCUUUGUCAUUGUUGUCUUCAGAGGACUGUUUGAAUCACUGGGCCAACAGGAGUGUCUGAAUGUGCUGAACUGCAUUGUUACAAUCAAAAGAGAAAUACUUUUUAACACAGAGUUUAGUCUUUCAGCAGUUUUAAUGUAGAGCAGAGAUCAUUUAAGUCUGACACGGACAAACACAUUUGAACCCCUUUUUACGAUGACAGAUGGUGGUUGACGUCUGACAUCGUGACACUUGACCAUCUUGGCCUUUCUUGUUUUUUUUUUUUGGUUCUUUUGCAAAACAAACUGUAUCAUUGUAACUUUGUUUUGUGUGAAGAAAAAUGUCAUUGUCAUGCCAUUUUAUUGUGGGUAUGUGAUGGUAAAUGGUACCUUUUGAGACUUGUUUUCAACAACUGCAGUAUUUGAGAGUAUUCUGUUUUAAAACGUUUGCUGUUUUUCAUAUUUAUACACUCAGAGACUUUCAAGAACAACACUACUUCUUACCACUUUUGUAUGUACUCAUGUAUUUUAAGAAAAACUUGGUCUAUUCAAAGACAGUUUCCAAUUUGAUUAUGAACGAGUCCUUCAAGAUUUUAUCAAAGUUGCUUGACACUCAGGCCGUCGGUUGCCGUGUAUAUGUUUUUUCUUUAGGUUCUUGUAUGAUAUGAAGUUCAUAAUCAUGCAUGCAUUAGUUAUGUCAUGUUGGAAAUGUAUCAGGAUGACUAAAAGUUAUGUGAGAACAUUACAUCCUAUAACCUUUUA